AUGACCCAGCCCCAUUACCGGAACAGCGCGAUAAUGCUCGAAUUUGAGCGCCAACGCUCGGCCAGAGAUUCAGCAAACUGGGAGCUUGAUGCGCUCAUCGAGGAGCUGAACGCGUUGGAGACGGACCUGGCCAGUUCUAAGGGUGAUCAGCUACUUCUUGGAAUCCCGACAAUUUCGCCAAGUAAUUCAGAUGACCGGAUAAAGCACAAUGGUCAUCUACCACCCGUGCAACCUCGCCCAGUGGUUCACCCCGUACGCGUUGAAGUUGCCGAGCAGAGGAAUAGGGUGACAGCUGGUCCUCCCUCAUCCUGCAGCUCCCCAGAUGGAGAUUCAGCCUAUGGAGAGGGCUCUUCGACGAAUAGCCAUCAUCGUUUCCACGGCUCAAACGUCUCCUCAGCCGACAGUUGCCGUGAUUCUCUCAAUACGCCAUCACCAACCCAGGUCUCACCCCACCAACACCUCGCCACCGAGCAAAACCUCUCCCCCGAAGAGCUCAAAGCCCAAAAAAUCCGCGAAGCCCUGGAAAAGAUCAAAAAAGCCAACAUCACCCGCAUCUUUGUCAAGUUCUUCGUCGAGGUUGGCCAGCCGCUACAACUCCUUGUUGAUGAUGGCUGGACCGUUGCUGAGACAAUGCGCCAAAUCUCGCUCAAACACAAUAUGAUCCUCCACGAGGACCAUUGUAUUGUUGAGGAAUUUCCGGAUUUGAGAAUAAAGCGCAUCUACGAAGAUCACGAAAACAUGGUCGAAAACAUCCAACUCUGGGUCCACGAAUCCCCGAAUAAACUGUGGUUCGUGCGGCGCUCGGAUAAAUACCCCUUCGUCGAUCGUCCGGAGAAUUAUCUGGUCACUGAAAGGACCAAAGAUUUGAUGAAUGUGCCCGCUGGGGAGAGCUGGCCCCGGGAAGUCAAGCACAACUUCGUGGCGGAAUUUUUCUCUCGUACUCCCGUGAUUCCUCCACAACUUGAGGGUCAGCUGUUGGUGAAAGCGGAUGGGAGGAAGAGCUGGAAGAAGCAGUUUUUGGUGUUGAGGAAUAGUGGAUUGUAUCAGUCGCCAAAGGGCAAAAAAUCCUCAAAAGAUAUGGAAUGCCUGAUGAAUUUCCAUUCAUAUCAAGUCUACUCUGGGUUUGAUUGGAAGAAGAAGUACAAGGCCCCGACGGAGUGGUGCAUUUGCAUCAAGCUGACGGCGCUCCAAAUCAAGCGCUCUUCAUACAUUAAAUAUUUAUGUUGUGAGGAUGAGGCUACGUAUAGAAGAUGGGUUACUGCUCUCAGAAUCGCAAAGAAUGGCGCCGACAUCUAUCAAAACUGGGUCUCCGCUGUUGCCUACCGGAAACAAGAAGAAAAGAAGCUGAAUGACCGCGAAAUGGUCCGAGCUGAAUCGUCGAUCUCUAGCUCCACGAGGGGAACGAGCUCACCUCAGUUCUACAAUAAUGCAUCAUCUCCUCAACAUAAGGUCCAGGUUAUCCAGCGCCAACCGUCACCCUGUGUCUCUAUACAGCCAUCUACUUCCAUUUCCGCCACCUCAUCUGCCGCUCCAACUCCGACUCCGGAGCGUGCUUCGAGGAGCAUGUUUGAUAACGACGACCUGACCGGGACGAUCAAGAGGGCCCCUGAACAUCUCCUACGUCGUGCUCCCUCCCAAUCGACGCCUUCAACAGGGUCACCGGCUGACGAUGAAGUUGACAGCGAUGAAGACAGCUUCCCGGCUCCUCCCCCAACUAUCUCGGCAACCUAUGGAACCAUUCAGAAGCGAGCCUCAACCCAGAUGCAGCCGGACUCAAGGCCGAGCUCAUUCACCGCGAUACCAACGCCUGUGACUCCACCAAAAUCGAUGGGGCCCCCACCUGUUGCUGAGAAGCCGGCUCCUCCAGCUAGAACUACCCCGGUUUUGGCCACUGCUACGACACCAUUGGCUAAAAAAGCUCCUCCACCACCACCAAAACGCUCGGAAACAACUCGUGUCCAAUCCGUUGCCCCGCCCACCCCACAUCUCUCCGAACUUGAAGCUGCACUCGGCCGACGACGCGAACGAGUCGAAGGACUU